AUGGCCGAUCUCACAUCAUCUCUGUCCAUGCUCACGGACAAUCCCGCCAUGGCGAUCGUGAACGAUCUUUACACCUCGUUCUCUGAGCGCCGGGCCCUGCUCAACCUGCCCAACCCCGGCACCGUGGAUAACAUCGCGCGCGAGGUGCAGAAGGAGGUUCUGCUGUCCAACUUCAUGUUCACAGGCCUCCGGGCAGACCUGACCAAGGUCUUCGGCAUGUCUCCUCUGUUCCGCGUGUCCCACGCCUUCUCAAUGGGCUCCUCAGGCAACCUGCCUCCGUACGCUUUCUCUUCCAUGUACGGUAGCCCCAAGGUCUUCAUGCAAGGCAACCUCGGAAGUGACGGUACCCUCUCCGCCGUCUACAACUGGCGCUGGACCCCGGCCCUCGUCACUAAGACCAACGCCCAAAUUAUGCCCGGUGCCACCCAGGGUCUCAUGCAGAUUGACAACGACUACACUGGCAAGGACUUCUCCGCAUCUCUCAAGGCUUUCAACCCGUCCUUCCUCGAGGGCGGCCUCACCGGUAUCUUCGUUGGUAGCUACCUCCAGUCCGUCACCCCCGGCCUCGCCCUUGGUUUCGAGGCUAUCUGGCAGCGUCAGGGUCUGAACACCCGCCCCGAGACUGCUCUGUCCUACUGCGCCAAGUACAAGGGUGAGGACUGGAUCGGUACCGCUCAGCUGCAGGCUCAGGGCACCUUCGCCGCCACCUACUGGCGCAAGCUGUCCGAGCGUGUUGAGGCUGGUGUUGACAUGAACCUCCAGUUCGCUCCCAACGCUGCUGCUAUGAUGAUGGGUGGUCCCAGCCGUGAGGGUACCACUGCCAUUGGUGCCAAGUACGACUUCCGUGCUUCUUCCUUCCGCGCCCAGGUUGACAGCGCUGGUAAGGUCAGCUGUCUUUUGGAGAAGCGCAUUGCCAUGCCCAUCUCCCUGACCUUUGCUGGUGAGAUUGACCAGGCUAAGCAAACGGCCAAGGUCGGCCUCGCCGUCUCCCUCGAGAUUGCCGGUGAGGAGCUCAUGGAGCAGCAGGAGAAGGCCGAUCCCAACAUGGUUCCUCCUCCCUUCUAA